CAAUCGGUUCCUCUGCAUCGGCUCCCUAUUGCGAAGAAGACCAACCUAGGACUGUUACCCAAAGCGUCUUUGUAACAUGAUCUACUGCAGUGUCUCUCAGUCACAUCGGUUGGUAUAGCUCAAACCAUGGUAGACAAAUCCAGCUGAGAAGGUGACGCCACGCCAGCACCAAUUGAUCAGGAACCCUGCUGUCUAAUCACGGGAGAUUCAGUGAGUCGUAUAGAGAGGAUUAGCCUUGCUUAUAUAUAGACAUUACGUUCGCCUGUCACUAGACCACCAUAGGCCAAUGCGCUCCCAGUUGCAGCUUCUGUGGAAAUGUAUGAGAGUUACUUGUUGGUCCCUUUAUUAGGGCUCACGUUCAGCUUCCUAUGGACUUUUGUCAACAGAAGAAAAAAUAGAGCUAUGACAGUCGAGAAAUUGAUCAGCAGUGAUCAUAAUCUGGAAGAGACGCUCAAUGCUCUACAGGAAUCGACUAUUGCUAUCCGAGCUUCUAAGACUGGAGCAGCUACCCUGAAGAAUCUCUGGCGUUUAAAUAAUCCUUUCGUUUCGGAUUCAGCAGAACUGCAGCAAUCCUAUCGAAGGGCACUAUUGAAGACUUUUAGUAGGACAAACGGCGAGACCUGGGCGGCUAUUGCGCGCUCUGUUUCUGCAUCUCUUGAUCCCCUUCUUCAUCAUAAAUGCGGCGCCGAUGGAAGCUAUACGAUAACGGCCAACAUCAGAGAUGUCAGCCGACAUGUCACACUUGUAGCCGUCCUCAAGGGUCUCUUCGACAUUGACAAUGUACCCAUAGAGACGCUAACUUAUAUUGGCUCCGAAAUUCAUCGACUCACAGUUGGAAAGAAGCAAUACGACGCGGGUGCUACGAAACCUGAUUAUCUUCCGCAAGACCUCCAGCGUUCUGCCGAUCGCUUAAUUGAUAUCCUGCGAGAUACCUUCGCUGAAGCAAAAGAGUCGAAUGAAUUGGCCCGGACAGUUCUGUGCUCAGUCUCUGGUACUCCGGAUAACUUCAAUCCUCUCAACCUGGUCAUCCCUGCCUUUGAGGCACCCUGGCGCGGAGUUUACUACACACUUUUGGCAGUGCUACAGCAAGGCCCUCAUAGGCCUGAGGAUGUGCUAACUCUUCGUGACUGUCCUGCUCACCAACAGCCUCCACCUGCGGCAGUUGCCAUUGCGCAUGAGUCCCUUCGCCUCUACCCACCUAUACGCCGUGUGCGUCGGGAACAGCGAGUAGAUAUCGAAGCUAUACAGAGGGAUACCAGAUACUGGGGCCCCACGGCAGCCAUGUUUGAUCCAUCACGAUUCUUAGAUAAGAAUGGGGAGUUCGACGCUUCAUUGACCGGUCCAGGCUCGGCGUGGAUGCCAUUUGCAGUAGGGUCGAUGAAGUGCCCAUCAGCUGGAGGCUACUCAACACGUAUGAUGAUAAUCCUCGCUAGCGAGGUUCUGCGGCGACUCUUUCCAAACAAUACUAUACCUCAGUGGUACGUCGAUGGACCGGAAUGGGACUCAUCGGCAAAGCAAGGUCAUACGUUGCGAGCUGGCAGGGACGAGUAUGCUAGUGUAUAUGUUGUUGCUUCUAAGUCAGGGUGAAGAUUGGCUACUCUGAAAACCUCGGGCUUGUGUAUGAUCUAUCAAUCUGCUUGUCGAAUUUUAAUCUAGCCUUCCAAAUAAGGAAAAGAUAAUAACAAGAAGGGUCCCUGAUCAUAUCAAGCACGACCAAGA